AUGAAGAAGAUCACCAUCAUUAAACCAGGGCCUGAAAUUCUGGUUUCUCCGUCGGUGCAUGAGUCUCAGUUCACAACGAAGCGCACAUCAGCGGAACAGCUGGUGUAUUCUGAUAAAUUUUCACGUUUCGCUUGUCGUAAUGAACGGAAUCAGAUCAAAACGGCCUAG